UCAAAGAAGCGAGGAAGAGGCUUCCGAAGCCAGUGCGCGUGCGCAACGGUUGGUUAGGCUGGGUUCGGCAUCCUGGGUUGCACCUCUGCGGUACAGGAAUAAUUCAACCAAUGAAGAAGUGAGUCCUGGUUGGUUAUCUUGGAUCUCUGUGCAGCCUUUGAUACCAUCAAAUAUGGAGCAGCUAAAAUAAAUAAUACAAAAGAAAUGUAAUCAACCAACCGCUGAGUAGCACCAUGAAAACUCAAAUUGGCCUUUGGGCAUGUUACUAAAAAGAGAAAUUUAAGUUAUUCUGGAAUUUAAUUCCUGGUGGCAGCAAUCUACCAAGAGGAGGCGAGAAUAAAAGGCUUAAAGACCAGAUCUACCCAAGAGAAAGAAAAGAUUCCAGGAUUGAAUGCUGAUAAUGGAACUACCUCCAGGGAAACCCUGACAAGCUUUGGCUCAAAUAAUAUAAUAAUCUACUGAACACAGAAUGUUGAAGACUGCAGAACAAAUGUUGGAAGAUGUUGGCUGUGGAUACAGGGGUUGUAGAAGAAUGGUUAUCAGAGUUCAAGACAGCACCAGAAGCAUCCAUACCAAGCUAUGCUAAAAAUCUGAAAAACAAGAGUUCUCUGGUUUCAUCUUUAUACAAAGUUAUUCAGGAUCCACAGAGUGAGCUGCUAGAGCCAGUCUGUCAUCAGUUGUUUGAGUUCUAUCGUAGUGGUGAAGAACUACUCCUACAAUUCACACUGCGGUUUCUUCCAGAAUUGAUAUGGUGCUAUCUUGCUGUCUCUGCAAGCAAAGACCUUCAAAGCAGUGGUUGCAUCGAAGCACUUCUCUUAGGAGUUUACAAUUUGGAAAUAGUUGACAGACAAGGGCACAGUAGAGUGUUAAGUUUUACAAUUCCAUCCUUGUCUAAACCUUCAGUAUACCAUGAACCUUCCAGUAUUGGCUCAAUGGCUCUUACUGAGGGUGCUUUAUCUCAACAUGGCUUAUCCAGGGUUGUAUAUAGUGGACCUCAUUUGCAGAGAGAAAUGUUGACAGCACAAAACAGGUUUGAAGUACUGACCUUCCUUUUGUUGAGGUACAAUGCUGCCUUAAGCUAUAUGCCUGCAGUUUCUCUUCAGUCUUUAUGUCAGAUCUGUUCCAGGAUUUGUGUUUGCGGAUAUCCUCGGCAACAAGUGAGGAAAUACAAAGGCAUAAAUAGCAGGAUUCCAAUUUCAUCUGAAUUUAUGGUGCAAAUGCUAACUGGAAUUUAUUAUGCUUUUUAUAAUGGAGAAUGGGACCUGGCUCGAAAAGCAAUGGAUGACAUUUUAUAUAGAGCACAACUAGAGCUAUACCCAGAACCACUAUUGGUUGCUAAUGCAAUAAAAGCUUCACUGCCUCAAGGUGCCAUAAAAUCUAGUAAAGAAGGAACAAAAUGCAUUCAGGUUGAAAUUACACCUACUGCAUCAAGAAUCUCAAGAAAUGCAGUGACUAGUAUGUCUAUUCGAGGACAUAGAUGGAAAAGGCAUGGUAAUGAACUAGGAAUUCCAGAAGAAGAAUUGAUAGAAGUAUCUGAAGUUGAUGAAGGUUUUUAUUCUAGGGCUACUUCUGCCACAAGUCAUUCUGCUUUAUCCAACAGCAGCAACACCAGUAACAAGCCUCUGAUAGGCAAGAGUCAGCGUAGGUCUGGAGGAAGCAAAGCUGGGGUGAAAGAAAAAGAAGCAGUUGGUGAAUCCAACAAAGAACACUUGUCUCGUAAACAAAGCCAGAGAGCAAUGAGUGAGAAUCUAGAGCUUCUGUCUUUAAAGAGACUGACCCUGACAAGUAGCCAAUCCCUGCCUAAGCCAGGCAGCCAUAGUUUGGCCAGAACUAGCACAACUCUUUUUAGUAAAUCCUUUGAACAAGUCAGUGGCAGUGUGGUCCCAAAUAACCAUAGUGGUAUAGAAGCAAACAGGUUUUCAGUAUGUAGCUUGCAAGAGGAUAACUUGACUUUUGGAGCAGAAAGGACAGAACUUCCUAUUUCAAGCAAGCAGCCCAAUCAGCAGCGACCACCAAGCAUCAGCAUAACACUGUCGACGGACUAACAGAACCUCAUUAAUUUCUCAGUAUAAAAAAGGAUUCAGUUGAUUUUACUACCAUUUAUUAUGAUCCCUUUUCUAAGUAUCUUGAGCUGUCUUGAAAGGUUUCCCUUAUUUGAAAGCUGUGUCUAAACUGCAAGUUUAAGAAUUACCAUGCUUAAACACCAGAAUAGGGUAAGGACUUGUUUGUUUUUCAUAAUGUAAAGGGGUUUUUUUUGGCAUGUUUUGUCAGUACUAAUUGCCAGCAGACAUCAAAAACUUUGUACAGUUAAGAUGACCAGGAUGUGUUACAUAUUUUGUAGGAUAUAUGAGCCAUGAUUUUAUAGAAAUUCUAUAAGUACUUUACAGUAAUGACGUUGUUCUAAUACAGGAGUCUGUAAGGCUCCUGACUUAAGGAAUGAAAUUCAUAAUAAUGUUACGAUUAGAUUUGUACUGAAGAACUGCUACUUGAUAGACUCGUGCCAGGGGAUAGACCAGUACCAUCUUGAAUAUGGAUUAUAAUUCUUGCGCAGACUUUACAUUUUGAGGAGCUUGUUAUCAUUAGCGCAAUCCAGAAUUAAUGUGUCAGAUCCAUAUACAUAGCAGCUGAUCUUUUUAUUUUUUGUUCCCAUUGAGCUAGAUGAGUUUUAUGCUUAAUUUUAUAGCAGUUUAAGGACAAAUCAGGGUGGGUGUGAGAUGAAAGAGAACUUUUUAAAAAGUCCCUUACAUGUACAUACAAACAAAAUGUACUGGGUCGGGUUCAUUGUGUUACAGUAUUUUUGCUAUAAGAGUUCAGGUAUAAAUUUUGACUUGUAUAGUUGCCUACAAUGAGCAUUUUUCAAAGUGUAGAGGAAAACACAGCUCUGUCACCCUUUAGAUACAUCAGAUCAGAAGAUAUAUAUAGCAGGUGAACAUUUUGUUUGCAUGUUGGAUUUCAAAUUUGCAUAGGGGCUUGUCAAUGUAAAUUCCAAUUUAUGUAGGCCCAGUCUACGAUCCCUGCACACUGUGAUAUCACACAAAUUGGUUGUGUGCUUGGACUCUGUGCUCAUAGGCCCCUGUCCAGACCCCUACAUUGUAUGUAUAUUUCAAACACCAGCAUAGGGCUACCAGUUAUCCAAUAACAGUGUUUUUAAUGUAGGAAAAUUUACAAUAAUGAGUAAAUUCACUCCUUUUGUACUCACCAACACAGCAGACAGCCCUUGCAAGGAACAAUACUUUUUAGAAUAAUAUGUUGCUUUUCCAGACCAUAAAUGCCCAAGGGUGCUCACAACAGUAACAAAAGACACAAGUGUAACCAUAAUGAUUACAGUACUAUUUGAAGUAUUAAAAAUAUUAAGGUUUUUGACCAACAGUUUAAAAAAAGAGGCAAACUUCUAAUUAAAGACCUUCUCAAAUGAAAAAAGUGUCUUCAACUGGCAUAAUGUAGUGGUGUGUGUCUUCUAUUUCUCCUCUCUUGGUAAUGAUAGAGGUUUUCCAUCUAAACCAUUUUAUAACAUAGGCUCACAUGAAUCUACAUUCUUUUGAAGCUAUGUUAAAAAAAACUGUAUAUAGGGGUAUACUCAGUUUUGUUGGUUUUAAGCUUAAAGCAGGCAGCUGAAAACCUUGAGAAUACAAGGGCAAUAUGGCAGGUAAAAAUCCCACACUGUGUAUUUGAAAUUCUGCUUAGGAUUCCAAGGGAUCUCCUUGUAUGCAUUUCCAGAAGUGUAUGAUCUUUAACCAAAACUAAUAGUUGUUCUCUAAUAGUGUUUGUAUUGAAAUAGAAACUUUUCUGAAAAUAUCUGAAAUUUAAAAUGCGUGGAGCAUAAAUUUUAUGUUUGUUUAAUUUGCUGAUACCUUUUAUUUACUAUUUUUAACAGUAUUAAACGUGCUUUCACAAGCUAAAGCACUUAAGCACAAACUAAAACAUAUUUUAUUGGCAUUCUGUAGGUAAAAGAGAAUAACAUAUUCAGGAAUAUACAGCCAUGGUAAAUAAAAGAUUUAAAUUUCUUCCUGUAGUUAACCAUCAAAAUGCCAUAAGAAACAGUGACUUUUAAAAACAAGUUUGCAGUGCUGUAGUUCUUGAACUAUAGUGUUUUUGUUUUAAUAAAACCAGUAAGUGCUUUCUUCAUGUUCUUAUAAUCUUAUUUUAAGUUUACUUCUUAUGCAGCAACAACCAUUAGAACUACAUGUAUAUGUAUAAAUUCAAACCAAGCUUGUCACUUGAAAGUAAUUUUGCAAUUGGAUAUAUACAUCCUGAUUGUAAAAAAGUGUUCUGUACAUAUUUUAAAAAGUAGAAAAUCACAUUUGUAUUAGCCUUCUUAAUAGAAACACGGCAGAUAAUCCCAAACUAUUUUGUUUAAAAAUAUCUUUUUAUCAGGAUAAAUUUUUGGUAAUCUGUAAUAGUGGUCUAUGCUUGCUAAAGUGUAUUAUCCUAUCCAUAUAGGAUGCUGACUUUGAAUAGUAUAUACAGUUCUGAUUAAUCUGAUUCCAUUAAAAUCUAAACUUUAUGUACUGCAUGUGUAAAUUUCCCACUAUAUAAACUUGGAUUAACAUAAAGAAUUCAGGGUGCUUGGUUUUUUAACAUUAUGCUAGCUUUCUCAGGUCUGCUGUAGUCUUGAUCAUGGUGAUAAUAUUUGGGAGCUUAGACUUUUGAAGUAUGUGUAGUAAGUCUGCAGUGUAAGCAAGCAUUGUGCUGCACAUUCUCACAAUUUUAAAAUUUAAUGUAGAAUUCCAAAAUGAGGUCAUAAAGUCUUAGCUCUAGAAUGUUGUAUCUAACUUUGAUUUGGCAGGUAGUUGUUGGGAUUAAAAAUGUAAAACUGUACAUUUAUUAGACAAUGACAACUUGGUUUGAAAUUGGCUGAAUGAUAUUGGUUAGGUGAACACCACUUUUAAAAUGUAAUUUUGGGGGAAAUGCUUCUGUAGUUGGAUGUAGUCUUCUGUUAAAUUACAAAAUAGCAACAUUUUGUUUUGCAUUUUCAACUGUAGAUGGUUCGUUCAGUGACUCAUUACAUUUGUGUGAUCUGGUUGAAUUUAGUAGAGCUAAUCAGUGUAAAUGGCAAGUGAUUUGUGACAUUAGGGAAAUAAGAUAAAUAUAAUGUGAACAUUUCUAAUUAGACAUUGCUGUGGUGAUACAUGGGAUUUUAUAAAAGAAAUGUACUGGAUGUUUGGAGACUACUACUAUGGAAGAAUGCUAAAAUACUGCAAUCUCAUACUGGAUAACCAUGCUGUUUUGAUUGAAAGAAACUAUUUUUAUAAAUGUAUCUUGGUGUAAUGGACACAUUGCUUUUCCAUGUUUUGGUUUAAAAAUAGUCACUUAUUUGUACUACUUGGUACUGCAGCCUUUUGUAUUAGUAUAACUCCAUUUUUGAGAAGUGAAGACUGAAACAAGCUAGACGUGUAUUUUUAAUAAUUCCAGACAAUUGAUACAUUUUCCCUUAACAAUAUGAGAGUUCAAACAAGUUUAUCACUUUCUCUUUUGUAUUGUAGUUUGUGAAUACUCAUUUUCUGCUUUGGUAACAAAUGCUUGUUUUGUAAAGUUCAAUAAAUGAAUUGUUUACCUAGAGUUCACAUUCCUAAAAUUAGGAGUCAACAUAAUUUGUAACUGAUAUUCUUCUGGAACAAAUUAGAGCCUUGGUUUUUGAGACAAUAUAUAUCCUGCAAACUAAAGUCUGUACUGUGUUGCCUGAUUGUCAUCAUUUUGGCAGGCUGACAGUAGCUUGCAUGAGGUUGCCUAGUAAGUUGAGAAUUGAACCAGGAACUACACUUGUGCGGUACUUUAGCUUUAUUCAAUGUUCUGAAUAAAUUAAAGAUGCAAAUUUACUCUC